AUGGAUGACUGGGGUACGUCCUACAGACUUCUUACUUUGGUUUUUCCUAGACGAAGAAGACGUUGCUGUUAAAGCGGUUCCUUCUACAUGGGAUGAUGACGCGAAUGACGUUCCAGUAAGCCCUUUUCCAGUUCAAUUUAUGUCAAGGAUACUUGGGAUGUAGUGGCAACAGAGCCGAAAAAGGAGGCUGAACCACAAAAAACUGACACUACCCAUAAAGUGUCAAAAAAGAACACAAAAAAGGAAAAGAAAGCACCCGCAAAACUGGAGAUUUCGCCACAGGAAGCGAAGGACGAGGAAGAAACGGCUCCGAGAGAGCUCACAGAAAAAGAGCGCGAACGCCUGGCGGAGGAGGCCGAACUCGAUCUGAUCGUGGAUUCCUUCGGCGGUGGAUUGCAGGUAGCAACGUCACAACAGGAUGACGUGAGGUUAGGCAACCCAAAGACUGAGAACGAAUUUGUCACCUUGGCAAGCAAGCUGUCGGAGAGAAUUCGGAGCUUCGAAGUAUCGUCACAGUUUUCAUCAUACCCCUUUAGACUUCUCCACACUAUUCCAAAUUCUUCGAAGGUAUAAUCCGUCAAAUAUCUCUCGAGGGUAAUCUCCUUAUUCUACAUAACAGCCUUUAGUCGACCUCGACACGCUUAAAGACGUCUCGACUUUCAUCGACGCGCUGAUAGUCGAAAAGCAGAAACUUGCAAAGGUAAGUUUUGUCUUCAAACGUUGUCACCUUUGUGUUGUUCUUGUGUCUACUUCGUUGCUUGGGGUGUGCUGUUGGUUGCCGCUUCAGUUAUUGUCGGACAAUUAGUAAAUCAAAACCUAGUUAUCCCGCCGUCUUAUCGGUUUUGUUUGGGAAGUUCUGUCGCUUUGUUCUACGGGCGGUUGUACCUGUACAUGAUGGAACUUCCGUAUCCACGGAACCGGCUAACGGACUCAUUGCAGGAAACAAGUUUAAUGGAAGCGCAGUCGUCCGUGAGGACCGUUCUUCCCACCCGAGACUGUAAAGAUCGGCUUUAUGAUCCUCUGGUAGUUAAGUUCUAUUCCCCGCUUGUCCGCUGAUCUCUCUGCUCUGUCGGUUUGUAUUACCGUCGUCUAAAUUGUAGGCUUUUAAAGACUCGGUUGCGCUGCAGUGCACCUUUUCCAACAAUAGUUUAGUGGUCUACUACUUCAACUACAAAUUGCGUCGUGUUCUUACGUCGUCCUCAGUUGGCAGUAGUCCAGUCCCGUACUUCGUGUGAAUCAGCCUUGGCAAGGACUCGGGUCUUGACCGACUGCCUUCUCUGGUUUUCGAAAUUCAAGUCCGCGCCGUCGCCGGCACCUUCAGUUUACGAGCUUGAUGUGUUCUAGUGUUUGGAGCCGCAGACUGAACCAAUGUCCAGUCGUCGGUGGGCACAGAAUGAGGAACGUGGGGUAUGUUGGCGGGAAGGGGGUCGAAAGCUAUUGUUGCAUUUUUCAAUAGUGGAAUUUUCAAAAGACCGCUACUGGCCGCCUGGAUGUUCGUGCAAAUGGGGUGGAUAUGUUGUGGAGUGUUACUUCUCGGCAGGAUCGACACUACGCCCAUUCCUACUAGGCUUUCAAUUGUCUAGACCGUGCACUUAUCUGAUCGGCUUGUGUUAGGAAAACUCGAUGAGAAAAACUUGUCCAGCAUGUCAAAUGUACGGCUCAGUCAGACGAAGCCACCAAGUUUAGUUUGAUUAAAAAACACAGGCCAGUAGGAUUAUUUUGUUAGUAAUCCCACCUGCCACUGAUACUUUUACGCUCUUCCCUACCAACACGUAGGCAAGCACAUCUAGUUUUUAUAUCUGCGGCACUUAAACUCUGGAACCUCGGACCUGUAGGAUAUAAUUGCUUAAACUUGAAUCUGCGUCCAUCCUCUCAUUUUGACAAGAUACGAAAUUCGACAUGGGCCACUAGCUCUUUUGAUUGCAACAUGCUCGUAUGUCUAUAAGGAUUACAAGACGCUACGACUGAGAGCUUAUAUUGUCUCCAACGGCUUCUCCCUGACGGUCAGAUACGGAGGCGCUCCAACACACUCGCAGACCGAGUAUGUUUCGGAGCUCCAACUGCAUGUCACGUUAAUCUUCCCUAAGUAAAUUUAAGUCGGUCACCUUGUUAUCCGUAUUGGGUUUCAUUGUGCCACCUGAAUGUACCUCCUUCAGAGGGAGUAAACAGGGAAAGCGUUGAAAUAUGGUUAGUCAUGGUUAAUCGGGCUGUAUUGCUGUGUAGUCUGUUGUCCAAAUUACUCAAAGUUCAUAAAACGCCAAUAUUCGUGCGGCCGUUUCGAAUAGAGUCGGCAUUGUCCACUAGGUUUGUCAUUCUCGCCACACUUCUAGCAUAUUGGUGGCCCUCAGUGAUCUGCAAUUUUUUGUCGAAUUUGCCCACAGUCGUUAUGUUGAACCGAACAUGCAAAACUAUUAUGUUUACAAUUACUCUUGACUUUUGUUGUGGUUCCGCUCCCACUGCACUAGCCGUUUCUUAAAAAUAAUCAUACCCAUUAAUGCGCUCUUGUCGGCAUAAUACAGGACAGAAUGUCUGCACUUUAUAACUUGAAACAUCACCACUUAAUGCCUACCGCAACAGCUGACGCCUUCCGUUCCAUUUCCGAGUAUGUUUGAGCAGUACGGACAAGUUGUAUGGUCCGAUAGUGGUACAUAAUGGUUCGACCAUCGGCUUCGACGAUGUCCACCGUGUGCUCCACUGCAAGGCAAAGCAGGGCGGCGACUUUCGCGUGAUUUAGUUUAUAAUGAAUGUAGACUUGUGCAGCAUCUACCGCACUCUCCUCCCCACCUGGACCCGGUGCCAAGACAAAGUCAAGAAGGCCGGAGACGGGGGAGGGCGCAAGUGGAUGGCACGACCGAAACCGCGUCUAGGCGUGCCGCCCACAUCCGGCUCGGAUUCCACGGAGUGGGAGUGCCAUAAAGGCCACAUUAAGGAGCCAUUGCAGCGUGACUCUCAGAUCACCAGCCGGCCACUCCACGCAAACACACACCACACUGGGCCGACUUAGAGAUCCAAGUUAUCCCGUUAGUUGUCAGCCUUCCAAUUCACGGCUUUUAGCUCACCAUGAUAACUUCAAGCGCAUCAGAUUGUUUACAGUUAAGAAAAUGCGCUGAGUCGUUGACCUCACUCUCCCCAUUCCCAUGCCUCGGCUACUGUUCGAGCCUGUCAGUUGACUGGAGCGGGGAAUGGGCGCGGUGGUUGACACAGUGGUAACCAUGUCUGCGCGCGCCAUAUGCACGACCUGGCUCCCCAAACACAAGCACCAGGAUUUCAUGCAAUGGGGAUUGAGUGGCGUACCUCUCACAUGCGUGAGAGUGCCGUUGGUCACGUUUAUAAGGGGCUGUUUCUGCCUGGCUCUUAGCCCAUCAGUCCGCCACUCUAAAUGAACACACUCAACUGGGCGGACUGCGUGGACUGAGUUGGGGCGUCAGUCUGCAGCCUUCCAGCCACGGCACCUGACGCACCGGGGUGGUCUCAGGCUCGAGUCACUCAUGCAACAGAAGUGGCGUGGAGACCGAGUCGAGACGCACACUUCCCACCUGCACAGGUGACAAUUGGAUGCUUGCGGUAGGUGAUGUUGGUGUGCGAGGAGAUGGUGGCGAGGUAGGGUGUGAUGAUGUGGUGCAGCCGGCAGUUGUCUACCGCAGGUCUUCAUGGAUGCGCAUGUGGCCGAAUAGGCCCAUGCGGUGCAUGAAUGUGCGAGGGCAGUCUGGACAAUGGAGGCUGGUGCUCCAGACACUGGUUCACCAGUCUCUGUGCGAUGGAUUCGCAAGUGACCGACCAAGCCGAUGUGUGAGGUGAAGGUGCGGUCGCAGUGAGGAGAGGUAUAAUCCAGGUCCUCACCACUGGUGUCGACGGUGGUGGUGUUGGUGUUUGUCGCCGUGUCAGGAUUAUGAGUGAUGAUGUGCAUGGCAGACGUCGGUCAUGACAGACCAUCAUAAUUGCAGUGGGGUGUCUGACCUGUCGGCUGUCUGCCAGGUAUGCUUGCUUUCCUCCAUCCCUACAAUUGUGGUUGUCGUCCUCUUGUGUGCGUAAAGAACAGCGACGGGUUUGGAAGUUGCCAGUUAAUACCGGGGUGACAGUGUACAAGGUUGUGCUGUCAGCGUGUGCAUGUGUGCACAAAUGCUCCUUGUGUGUGUGUGUGCUAGGCGUAAGACACGAGGUCGCAUAUGCUCGUAUGAAUGAAUGCGGUCUCGACGCCCCACCAUGUGUAAAGGACCGUCCGGGUUAACAUGACCAAGCAGUCAGCAUUAUAGGUGUGUAAUAAUUCAUAGUUUGUUUAUUUCCAGUGUUCAGAGCUGUGCUUCUCGCCAUGCGCCCAUGAAUUGUAUCCUACUGAUAUUUCGAGAUAACUAGCACCUGUUAUAUUGGAGUCCACAUGACCCACCCUACUAGCUAACUCUUCUGACUCGGUCCCUAGCACUGAUCCACUAUCACGCAACCCAUAUGCUCCCAAGGAAUAUGAAUUGGCGGCUUCACCAACCUCUGAACCCUUCUCGUUUUCGUUGUUAGGGCACACCCCGGCGUUAGGCUCUACGCACUCCCUGUAUGAUCGGUUCUCCUGUCCCAUCGCGCUUUAAAUCGUGGAUUUCAUGCCUGUUUUGGACAGCGAUGCUUUUGAUCUGUCCCACUGGGAGUGGCAAUUUUGUCAGCUUAUGUCAAAUCUUGAACCCUGUUUACGGGAGUAAUUGUGGACUGCGGAGCCACGCUAACUACUCUCGUGUAAAAUCAAUCGAGACCAGACUCCCGAGCGGCGCCAAAGCCAUUACUCUCAUCUAGCCGCCCAAACCCGUCGUUUUGACUGGUCCCAUAUGGAUGAGGGAGGUGUGCUAGACACUGCGUAAGUCCACUACCGCUAUAAACUAGUCACCGUCCCUGCGCCCUCCAUACUAUGAGGUACACCUGUCACCCAUCUAGCAGUGUCCACGUGGAAAAGGAAGUCGACAGCCCUCUUAAGUGUAGUCCGUACCCAAAAGUACACUUGUUUUUACUUUCAGGAUAGAAAAUAGUCUUCCUACGCCCACGCAGUGUAGGAUCAUCACCAAUUGUAAGGCUGCAUGCUCGACGACUCCUGAGCCUCAUUGAAAAGCUUGCCGUCCGAAUAUCUGUGUUCGUUGGACUUUUUACUGCUUCUGCUUCAGCCCGCUUCUUAUAAAAUUCCGCGUAACACUCGUUUCUUUUCAGGGGAAGACCAAAAAGAAGGCUGGAAAGACGGCGAAACUCAUCGUAGAACGGAAGAACGACUACGACUACGAUAUGGGCGGUGACGACGACUUUGGCGACUUUAUAUAA